AUGUUUGGAGUCUUUACCAUACGGCAACUCCUUUGUCUUGCACCCCUCACUGCAUUUGCCAAUUUUGCAUCUCGUAGCUUCAGCGCCGCACGUCUUUUCGCAGUCCUCCAACAGCUUCUUGAGCAAGUCGUAGAAAGACUCAGUCAAGAAGACAAUCCACGACACGUACUUGUUGGCGUGCUUUUCGGAGAACAUAGUGCAUAUGUCACCGCACAAAGGCCUGAGAUACGGGCCACAGGGAUGCGAUGGAGUGUGCGAUUUUGCAUCGGCGCAGUUGACAAGAGCAUACAGAUCACCGGUGAGAUGUGUACUAGUCUGAUCGGCGGGCUUCGGAAGAAUAUGAUUGCUGCUUUUGAACAUAUCAGUGAUGUCCAGCUUGGUAUCAGGAUUAUCGAAAUCGGCGGCGCUAACCGCAUUGUUAAACGCCGUCUCCCUGUGCUGCUUACGGUUCUCAUAGCGUUUACUGCUGUCUUCCCACCCACAAAGCAAACUGUAGUAAAAGCCGAACAUAUCACUCAGCGAUUUCGGCGGACUGGGGAGAACGCAGUUGAACAGGCUGCAUAUCUUAGUGAGCGGAGACUUUUGAUUGCCGCAGAAGUCAGCAAGGACUUCCAUGAGGAAUUGUCCUGUUCGCCUGUGUGA